AUGGCAGGCAACUUUGAUUCUUGGGAAGAUGCUGCCGCCCAGGACGAUGAUCUUUCCAGGCAGACUCAGCAAAACCUGAAUAUCAACGCCAAUACUUUCAGGCCAGGAGCCUCCUCAUUCCAGCCUGGUGCAACCUCUUUUCAACCUGGCCAACAAUAUCAAUCGAAUGGCUACCAGCAGCCCUACGGCUAUGGCCAGCAGCAGCAGCAGCAAUUCAAUCAAUAUCCACAGUACCACCAGCAGCAGCAGCAGCAGCAGCAGCAAAACUACAACCAGUAUCCUCAGUAUCAGCAGCAGCAACCGAGCUACAACCAAAACUUUAACAACAGCCAAUUUGCUGCCUACAAUCAAACGCCCGGCGGCUUUCAACCAAGACAAGGUGCUCCCGUUAGCAUCGCAAAACGUCAAGAUGCUCAAGCAGCCCCUACACAACAGCCGGCCGCUCAACAAAGUCAGGCUCAAGCUCAGACCCCGACUCCCGCUGUUGCGUCAACCACCAAACCGGCCCCGUCCGCCGCACCACUUAAGGCUAAGGUCCUUUCAAUUGGUGUUCCUACAUCCGCAUCUACGACUCCCAAGAAGCCCGCGUCCCCUACUACGAAAGAAGCCCCUAUCAAGGAGACAGGCUCCAAAGUUACAGCUGCAAAGGCAGUCGAGAAGACUGGCGAGAAAGUGACAGGGAAGAGUUCUCCUGCGCCCUCCUCCGGUAAAUCCUCUCCCACACCAGGCGAGCCCAAAAAGGGCCAGACCGCAGAAGAACUUGCUCAAGAACAGUCUGCGGACGUUGAUGCAACGGUCCUACAGGAGAUGUAUGGUAAAGAACAUGUGAAUAUCAUUUUCAUCGGCCAUGUCGACGCAGGCAAAUCAACCUUGGGUGGUCAAGUCUUAAUCCAGACAGGCAUGGUGGACGAACGUACACUAGACAAAUAUAAGCGAGAUGCUAAAGAUGCCGGCCGAGAGACGUGGUACAUUUCCUGGGUCCUCGAUCUCAAUAAAGAAGAGAGAGCCAAAGGUAAAACAGUCGAGGUUGGCCGAGGGUUCUUUGAGACCGAGAAACGAAGAUAUACCAUUCUCGAUGCUCCAGGCCACAAGACUUAUGUGCCAAACAUGUUGAGCGGCGCCGCUCAAGCAGAUGUCGCCAUCCUAGUCAUUUCCGCCCGAAAGGGCGAGUUUGAGACCGGAUUCGAAAAGGGUGGUCAGACACAAGAACACGCAAUGUUGAUCAAGACCACCGGCGCCAAAGAACUCAUCGUUGCCGUCAAUAAGAUGGACGAUGUCACAGUUGAAUGGUCAAAAGAACGAUAUGAUGAGAUUGUGGGUAAACUCAAGCCUUACCUUAAGAAGCGAAUUGGGCUUGACUCCACUUUCCUCCCCAUUUCUGCACAGACCGGCAUCGGCGUCAAGGAUCGCAUCCCUGCGAGUGUUGCGAGCUGGCACAAAGGGCCAUCUCUCCUCGAAUUCCUCGAUAACAUGGCUAAGAUUCAGCGAAACUUGAAUGCACCAUUCAUGAUGCCGAUUGGCGCCAAAUAUCGUGACAUGGGUACAAUGGUUGAGGGCCGCAUUGAGGCUGGCGUGAUCCAGAAGACUUCAAACUACAUCAUGAUGCCAAACAAAGAAGAUGUUGGUAUUUCUGCUCUCUAUGGUGAAACGGAAGAAGAAAUCCCCCACGCCACCUGUGGUGAACAAGUCCGUCUACGUCUACGUGGUAUCGAAGAAGAAGAUAUUAUGCCAGGCUUUGUACUCUGCUCUCCCAAGCGUCUCGUACACUGUGUACGUGAGUUUGAGGCGCAGAUCAACAUUGUCGAUCUCAAGUCUAUUCUCUCUGCCGGCUUUAACUGUGUUUUGCACGUUCAUGCUGCUACAGAAGAGGUCACCUUUGCAGCCUUGCUGCACAAGCUCGAACCGAAGACAGGACGGAAGAGCAAGAAACCUCCGCCAUUUGCGGCCAAAGGCCAGAACAUCAUUGCCAGGUUACAAGUGACAAGCGGUGGUGGCAAGAUCUGUGUUGAAAGAUUCGAGGACUAUCCUCAACUUGGUCGAUUCACUUUGCGAGACCAAGGCCAGACUAUUGCCGUCGGCAAGAUCACUCGAUUGAUCAUCGAUGACGAGUAA